CCUUAGCGAUAGAAGCGCUGCCUGGAGCCUAAUAUUAUCGCCACCUGUAUGUGUACUUGUGAAUUACUACAAAAUCAUAUAGAUUCUCUAGUGUGAAGGACCUGGAAGGACCGGUCGUAUUGUUUAUGUCGCGUGUGUGGUUCCUCUAAUGAUGCAUCCUCCGACAAUGCGUUCUGACAUCCUACGCUCAUGUUCGCCCAUGUAUACGUAGGCGUAAUUUACGUAUAGUUCAAAACGAUGUCGUAGGAAGACAGGAUUUUCUUAUCAGUGAUUUAUGCGACACUUUCUCCGUGAUAAGGUUAUGUUCACCGUCGUCGACUCGACGACGGAACCAGCAGCGAUAUUCGGGUAUACACGUUUCAUUGACGCACGAACGCUUUCACGAUGAGAACCGGCGGCAUGCUGGACGGCCGCGAGUUCGGCAAGCGUGUGCGUCGUCUCUUGGAUGGCAAUUACUCAUAUCGCAAGAUCCUGUUGAUCGUCCUAGUCUUCGGCGGUCUGCUACUGUAUUUUGGUCCGUCCUUUGCGCAAUGGCUUUUUUCCACCACCAGAGAGCCAAUAGAAGCAUUUGAGGAUCAUUGCAUAAAUGAAAGGCUGGCCAGUUUUUACUUUGAUGCUAUUGAAUAUAAUGCAAAUAUUUUACACAAUCCACCUAAGAAAAAUGAACAUUCUUAUCUGCCCUAUAUUGGAAAUGGUGUUUUUGGAAUACCCAUUUAUCCAGAAGGCUGGCUAUACAUUAAACAUGGUAGAGCGCUUUUGUUGCCAGUACAGUGGCAGCCAUUGAUUUCAUAUAUUAUACCCAAGGAUAACUUUUAUCGAGAAGCUACUGUCGUUCAUUUCACAAAUGGGAUUGUUUAUAAGUAUCAGUGCCUUAGAGAGGGAUAUUACAUAGACUCUCAAUAUUAUGCUCAUAGAGGUCUCGAGGGAAUCUUAGUGCAGACUAUAAAGAUUUCUAAUCCUUUUUCACUCUCUCAAGAGGUAUCAUUGAAACCGCAGGAAUCUAUUCACUGGGGUAAUUCUCACAUAGAACCCGUUAGGAUUCAAGUUGAUGGGGUCAAUCAUGAUUAUACUCUCAUAUCUGGAUUUGUACCGCAAUCAAAUUCCAACAAGAUAGUAGUAGUAUCGAUAAUUUAUAAGGCUCCACCUAAAGUCGUACAGGUAAAAGCUCACAAUUCUGUUAAAUUGGAGUUCCUGUCGAGCAUUCAGUACAGCGAGCCGAUUUCAUCUGAACAAUAUCACACGGAACGCGAUAUAACCAAAAAGAAGGCGACUGACUUGAUAAAAAAAGCAAUUGCGCGUCAGCAACGAAGCUUGAGAGAAGAGCAUGUGAAUCUCUGGCAGAGUUAUUGGUACACGAGUUUGAGAAUAAGCGAUUCCAAGGCCGAGGGUGCUAUCAACGGUCACAAAAUUAACUCCACCAUGUAUUAUGUAUUAUCUCAGGUACCGCGGAGUGUUCCAGAUGUGGAGAAAAAUGUUGGUAUGAACGAGGGUUGUUAUCGAGGUCAUCACACCUUGGAUGCUCCCCGUUUGUGGAAGGAUGCCUCGUCUAUCGAUGCUGUGAACGAGAUAGUCGAGGCAUGGUUGAUAACACUGGAGAAACAAGGCUGUCAUCAUUUGGUGAUUGGCGGUCCUGCAGCCGUUCAACAGGCAAUUGUACUAAGUCUCGGUGGACUGAGAUUCAGCAAUCAACAUCUCGAAUUUAAUAUUGAUCCGCAAUAUCUUCAUCGCGAUUAUUUAUUCAGGCGUAUAAGUUAUGGAAAUUUAACGCAUGUGAAUAUAUCUGUAACAGUCGGUGAGGAUAAUCGCGCGCUAUUAGGAGUAGCUUUGGAUAAAAGUGAUAGCGUUUAUUUCGGAUGUGAUGCUGGCUGUUUGGACGCGCCGGUUCCUCUCAGUCAGACUUAUACGAAUUUUCCCGUGAAGUUAACAAAGCCGUUAACGGCGAUACUUUACAUAACAUCCGAUCAUCAGCAUAUGCAAGAUCUUCGCAAUGCUUUGCAUGUUCACGAAGUAGAUGAUGCGCCGGCGCAUGAUCACCAGGUGAUGGCUUUGCAUAAACAUGGACAUCAGCUCGGAGGUUUGCCAACGUUGUUCUGGGUUAGCAUAUGCUUCCUGAUAAUUGUGUUCCAUUUGUUUUUAUGUAAACUUAUUUUUAAUGAGUAUUACAGUCAUCAAGAUCGACAGCGAGUUCGGUAUAAUAAACCGUGAUACGAUUGUACAUAAAUUUUUCUAUUGUUGCAACAUGUACAUAUGUAAUAUUGUAAUGUACAUAUAUAUUUUUCCAACUCAUAUUUGUAGCAGGCUAAUUAUUUUUUGAGCGCUGUGAGUAUGUGCGUGCAUACUUGUUUUAAUGUAUAAAAUACAUGUAUAAAAUACAUGUAUAAAAUACAUAUGUAUAAAAUACAUAGGUA